AUGGCAUUCGUGAAUAUGCUUGGUGUUAUUGCUGGGAGCCUGGGUAUCAUCUCCUUUGGGCUGGACAGGUUCGGUGGCGAAGGCUCGCACUCCGGCUCGACAAUCAAAGUCGCCGUUGCCCUCGACGGUCCGCAAUUGUCCAACUCUGCAGGUGACCUUCCCGAUGUGCGCGUUUGGAACGAGGUUGGAAAGUUCGUUGGUAUUACUGUCGACCCCGGAAGGGUAGAAGCAGGGAACAUUGGUGAAAUCAAAGUUCAGCAUGACAAUCAGGGGGUGUAUACCUUAUUUUCGGCCAACGAUGAUGCAGUGUGUAUUGCCUGGGUGUCAACCACCUGGACAGAUGACCGCGGAGGCAACAAGUAUGCAGUCACUGGUGACUUCAGCGAGCCCUGUGGUGGUGCCUGGUUCCCAAGCAACUUAUACAUCAGUGACAAGAAGGACCAUCAGCCCAAUUGCUUCUGGAUCGACAAAAAUGGGGACCAGCCGAAGACUGGGUUCCAGGUGCGAUGGCCUGCGUAUUCUGAAGACCAGUUUGAGGGGAAUAGCAAGGAUCCAAAGAGACUGUGCAAUAACGUUGACUUCGGGCUGCGCGAGGAAAAUGAUCCCAGUUCAAUCAACUACUAUCCCAAGAAAAAACGAGACGAACAUCCCCGGGCUCGUCGUUCUACCAUCCGUCGCCCUGGGUGGGCUAAUUCCGAACUCGUUAUUAGCGACUCCAAGCAUCACUCGGCCAGGCGACUUUGCAUGUCCAGCUCAUCCAUGGGUCCUGACUUUGCACAUACCGAAGAGGGUCUCUUCUGCGAUAUGGAUGCUAAGGUAUUAUAUGCCUUCUGCGCAGAUAUUGAAGAAAAAUCUGCCUGCUUUGACCUGAAGCGGCAGAGAAUUGUCGCUCAUGAAGAAGCAACGGGAGUCAAUGCAACUUCUACCAACCAUGGUUCAGCCCGAUACUCUCGCAUUCGCGACUGGCGCACCAACAGCACUGUGGCAUAG